ACGCACAGUUGAUUGACAUAAUAGCUAUAGUUUUUAAUAAGCGCCAACGUGAAGUGCCCGUCCUAGCUGCUGCGAUCCACCUCGCCAUAGGUGGGCAUAUUUCGCGAGAGCAAAUGAAAUUAGCAUAAAGCGCGCACUGAAUUGCAAAUCCGUCGCGCAGCCGAGGCGCGUUGUGAAAGAAAACAGUUUCGAGGGGAAAUUUUCCAUGACACGAAAACGGGUUGAGUGCCCAAAUCGAAAAAAUAUCUCGAGAGACUUCUCAUGAAUAUGCAUCCGACAUAUAACUUCACUCCAGAUCAGGUAGCUUGCGUUUGUGAGGUGCUACAACACAGCAACGACAUGGAAAGACUGGCGAGAUUUCUUUGGUCGUUGCCGGAACACGGAAGCAUCCAAAAAGAAGUGAGCGUUCUAAAAGCAAAGGCCGCGGUUUUCUUCCAUCAAGGUAAUUACCAGGAGCUCUACCGCAUUCUGGAGAGCAACAAUUUUCCCGUGUCGUCGCACAAUAAGCUGCAGUCACUUUGGAUGAAGGCGCACUAUAUCGAGGCCGAGAAAUUGAGAGGAAGGCCUUUGGGAGCUGUCGGAAAGUACAGAGUAAGACGAAAAUUUCCAUUGCCAAGGACUAUUUGGGAUGGGGAGGAAACUAGUUACUGUUUUAAGGAACGUUCGAGAAAUAUACUGCGCGAUUGGUAUAAUCACAAUCCAUAUCCUUCACCUCGAGAGAAACGCGAGCUAGCCGAGGCUACAGGACUAACAACGACACAAGUGAGUAACUGGUUUAAGAAUAGACGACAACGAGAUAGAGCAGCCGAGGCAAAGAACAGAGACACAAAUAACAACACGAUGAACGAUGGUUCGUCGCCGAAACUUGGUCUUAUUGCUCGUCAAAAUAGCGCCAUGAAUGGCCUAAAACACUCGCUCACUCAUGUCGACUUCUCUUGUCUACCUGCUUCAUUGCACCCGAGCCAGCCGAUUAUAAAGUUGGAGAAUCACGAAAUGCUAAGCGUAUCUAAUUCGCAACACGACGCGAUGCUGACACAAAAUGUCGCCGAUCUUACUCAAUGUCUUCCUACCGAUGCAAACAUGUUGAGCUCUUUGACUUCGUCCUCCCUUGUCGGUCUUUGACGUAAAGUUGGAUAUUUAAAAAAAGGGGGACGAUUGGCUGUUAAUGCUUUUUAGCGCUUCGACUUCAUUUCAAACGGGGUUCUGUUGCUUGAGUGUACUUUCUUAGCCUUUCAAGACCAGAGACGUGAUGGGAAAUAGAUUGUAAAUCAUUUCGACUAUCGACCUAUGGACAAAAUCCACUGUCGUCGUAUGAAAAAGACUUUUCUAGUUUAGUCCUGCUGGUGUAUCGCCGUGCGACCGCGUCAAACGUAUUCAUUGUUGCAUUCCGGGAACAUGCAUUCUUAAUUUUCAUAACUUAUUGGGGGGAACCACAUUUUCUGACACGACAACCAUAUCAGAUUGUAUCAUAAAAAGUACAAAGGGGUCGCGCGCAAUAUAUGUAAAUGAAGUAAAUGAACUAUUGUUGGUCGUAGACCGCGUGUACCUUCGAUGUGUCCGCCGUACUUAUAUGCCCAACACUGCCCAACAUGUUUUAGAAUUAUUUGGAAAUAUAAACUCUUCGAUACGCCACGAAGAUACAAUGUAGAUAAAAUUGCACGCCAUGUGUAAAUUGUUCAAUGUUGAUUUUCCUAGGACGAUGUUAACAUGUAUCAUUUAUGUCGAUAUAAAUUUACGAACUGAA